AUGAUUGUGUUAACCCAACAAUGGGACUCUGAUUUGGUAGAAGCAAGGUACAUAAAAGAAAUUGAAGACAACCUCAGCAUAAUUCGUCUUAGGUUUGGAGAUAACUCCAAGCCACUGUUCAGAAAUAGAGAAUUCAUUGUCUAUGAGCGUCAUCAAACCAUGGAAGAUGGCACUGUGGUAGUAGCAGUUGCUUCAUUGCCAAAGGAAAUAGCUGUUGGAUUACAUCCGAAGCAAAAUAAUGCAAUAAGAGGACUAUUGCUACAAUCGGGAUGGGUAGUGGAGAAUCUUCAAGAUAAUUCAUGUGUUGUUACUUAUGUUGUUCAGUUGGAUCCUGCAGGGUGGCUUACCAAGUAUUUUGUGAAUCGAUUUAAUACAAAACUGGUUAUGAUUAUUGAAAACCUUAGAAAAUUAGCACAAGCAUGUCCAAGUGAAGGUCAAAAUUGA